GAGCUUAUAUCUUGAACAGAAUCUGAGCAUAGUAACAGUUGCAAAAUCUAUUCAAACGCAUUAAUUACAUGGAAUAAAUGUGAAGUGAUAUUUCAAUGGAAAAUCAGGCGUAAAAAUGUCCGAGUGAAAAUUUCGUUCUAAUGUUGGAUAAAAUUUUCAUAUGUUAUAUCUGACAAAUAUUGAAGAAGAACGUUUCCAGAAUCAGUGCUCACGUCAUGAAUAAAGAACAAAUGAACGGAAACAUUGAAGGAAAUACAAAAAAUGAAGUUGAAGAGAUUACCGUUCAUGAUAACCCGUCUUACAUGAGAGAUACGAACGAAGUGGAAAUUCAGCAAAAGGCAGAAAAAGAAAUUGAGAAUGACAAUGCCGUGAAAGGUGUCCCACAGGAUAGGCCACAAUGGGGACGUAGUAUAGAAUUCUUGAUGUCCUGCAUUGCCAUGAACGUUGGUUUGGGAAAUAUUUGGAGAUUUCCAUUCGUAGCAUAUGAAAAUGGAGGGGGAGCCUUCGUGAUUCCUUACCUUUUAGUUUUGACUUUUUUUGGAAGGCCAAUGUAUUAUUUGGAAAUGUGUCUUGGUCAAUUCACGAGUAGAGGAAAUGUCAAAAUGUUUGAGAGUUUGGCGCCUAUUCUGAAAGGUAAUUCAUUGAGAAACGAAAGAUAUGGUAACACUGUGCAAAUGAGUUCACUUUCUUUUUUUAUCCAUUCAAUCAAACUCAAUUCAUUUGUGUUUUCAAAUAUACUUUGUUUCACUGCUGCUAACUGA